AUGGCAGCCAUCCACCGACCUGCGCAUCUCACACACCAUGCAGCCAAGCUCGCCUCGGCGGCCUGCUUCGAAAAGGCCCAAGCCAUCGGCAUGCCGAUGAACAUCGCCAUCGUGGACGCCUCGCUCUACCUCCUCCACUUUGAGCGCAUGCCCGGCGCCAAACUCACCUCGGUCGAUAUCGCCAUGAACAAGGCCUUCACCGCCGCAGGCCACCGCGCCCCGACCUCCGUCUACAAGGAGAACGUGUGGCCCGGCGGUCCGGCGUUUGGGCUCAACAACAGCAACAACGGCAGGUUCAUGUAUGUGGCAGGCGGGAUCCCGAUUGUCGUGGACGGCGAGGUCGUGGGUGCGAUUGGGUGUAGCACGGGCACACCGGCGCAGGACACCGAAGUCGCGCAGGCGGGUGUUGAUGCCGUGAUGGCCUACGUCAAGAAAACGCAGUCAAGGCCAAAGCUGUAA